CUCACGGUGUCGAGACUUGAACAAAAAUUAAUACUGCUGUCCUCAGAAAAACUUUACAAAUUUGUAUUGGGCUUCAUUUCAAAACAACACUUCCUAACGUGAGUUCGUGAGUUCGAAAGGAUAAUUCGUAAUAGUGAGAAAGUUUUUAGUUCAGUAAGCUUCUGGGACUUUGCGGUAUCGGACGUGGUGUUUACUUACGACUUAUAAGCGCGCAAACACAAAUACCCUCGGGAAUUUGUGUUCAGUAAACUCGUAACAGAGAAUACCUAUGAAUAUUUUUGUGUUUUUUCGUAGGUAUGUUUGUUUUCAGUAGAUCAAAACUGUUGAUUUUAAAAGAGGAUAUCCUGUGCGAGGGUACUCGACCGGAAGUGCAAUUUAAAUGAAAGCCUCCCACAAAAGAGGUUGGCCGGCCUGUGUGUUGUUUACGUUUGUACACAAAUGAUGUAAAAUAUAUAUACCAAUCUACCUAUAGUGAUUAAUUGCCAGUAAAACAUAAAUGUUGUAUAUUAUGUGUGUUUAGUGUUUACAUUUUGAAGAAUAAAAAAUAAAAAUAAUAAAUGAGAAAAUAAAGAUCCUAAGGACAUUGUAUAGAGAGAGGAAUACAGUACAUACAUAGAUAUUUUUAUUAAUGAAGACUUCAGGACCUUAAUGUUUCAUCGAUAAUGGCGAUAUUAAUAGCAAUUUAUGGCCCUUAAUAUACUUGCUUUUCCUUGUCAUUGUCCUGUGUCCUGUGAGUCCACUUUGCUACUCUACACUACACUACACUACACUAUGCUCCAUUCACCGCAAAUAUGCAAUUCCAAAUGAAAUUUAUAUUUCCUGCCAUUGCGACUUCAUAGUUGUCCCAACACCCGGUCCGUACUAGAGCCCACUCGUCGUCGUAUAAAUAAGGACCAAAGAAGGAUAUCCUGCGUUUUUUGCCAAGGAGUCAACAGCCCACAAUGAUAGGGCGCCAAUAGUGCUGGUUGAACAUAUAGACAAGACAAAAAAUAAGCAUACAGUUUCACUCAAGAGUGUAGCUAUAGCUGUAGAUACUUUGGAAGGAAUUGUCUUAUGCUGACGCAGGAUAAUAGAAUAAUGUGCAACACCCAAAGGACGAGCGUAAUAAUUUUGUUGUCGAAUUGUAAAUAGAUAUGCGAUGGCUUUAUAAUAAUUAUUGUUUUGCCCAGCAUGGAACUAUGAUGGCCAUCAACAAACAUCAAGAAGGAUUCGAUUCCAGUUCCAGCUGUGCUUUGGAGCGAGUAUAAUCAAUGAGUGUGUGUCCUGCAAUGCAGUGUCAUAUGUGCUUAAUUCCAUAUUCUAUAUAUGGAAGAGAGUGAAUGCGACAGACCAACACACCCUAUGGCAUCAAUUAAAAGGUUGAAAGUUUUCAAUUAGUGGCAAGGGAUCAAGUGAAUAUAGAAGAAAGAAAAAGGAAGCAAGGAUAUUUCUAAAAACAAAACUAUUUUUCCCAGUGGCUGUGUGGGAGUUCGAAUUGGUCCUGGGUUGUGGUUGGUGGUUGGGAGACGACUAUAAUUUAUAUAAAUAUAAGAAUUCUAAACAAAGGACUUAAACACAAAAUGAAUGACGACAACGAGGGAGAAGAAGAAGACGAGGAACUGGUUUGCCUUCGACCGUAUUACGAACGAAUCAUGGACAUUGGAUUGGUUUCCGAUGAAUCAAAUAAUCGGGGUGUAAGUCAAUCACCAUUGAAUAUACUGAAUGCAGAUUAUCAUCACAGAAAGGAUUCAUUGACGAAGACGACGUCGAGGAUAAUAAAGACGACGCCGCCGCCACUACCGCAGUCGAAGACGACAGUGACAGCGAAGAACACGACACCAAUAACAACAACAACGACGCCGCUAAAUCGGAGAUUAUCCAAAGAAUGCAAUAUUCUAUCAAGUAGUGAUAAUGGCAAUAGUGCAACUGCUUUCAAAUUACAAGAAGUCGAAGACGCAGACGACGACCCUGAUGAAUACGGUAUAACCAAUAUGGCGACAACGAUUGACUUUGAUGAUCUAACUGACAGUGGAUUUGGCAGAACUGAGGAUCUAUCGCCAUCGGAAAUUGCCAAAUUGCCUCGACUGCCUGGUGACGGUGCUCAAAUGGAGGACGUCAAUCAUGUCACUCUCACUCACUCAACAACGCCGACGACGACGACGACGGCUCAAGAACCACCUUCAAGCCCAGUUAAGAACCUGCAAAUGAACACCCUAUAUCCGUGCGCUAAUGGCCGAAAGAAUAAUUGCAAAUCACCACAACGAGUACAGUCCGUUCGGAUUGUCGAAAGUAAUUCCCAAAUAACAUCAAAAGCAGCCCGAAGAAGGACCCAGAGUUGUGGGAUUUUCGAUGAAGACACAAAUGAUGUAUAUCGAAGGAUUGGCGACUUGACAUAUUCCUAUAAUAUUGACUCAUGUGAAGUUGGAGCUAAACCACAAUUACGUCCUUUUAACAAUGAAAUCUAUUCGGCGUUUAAAAGUGCUAACGUAGUCAAAGGUAUCCUUUGCCCAUCACUGACGAACUCAUUCAAAAAUAGCUCCCUGGAGCGAUCGUACCUUUUGUAUACCCACCGACAGCGACAGAAGUCUUUAAUCAUUGUCAAUAUUGUGGAUUUUGUGCUCAAGGCGGUGUUGGCCGUAAUCUGGCUGCUUAAAGAAGCUGAAACCAAAAAUGAAACAAUAAGCAACGUGGAUGUGGCAAUAACUUGGUCAGGAUGCUGUAUGGUUGCCAAUCUUGGGAUAUGCUUUCUGGGCUAUUGGAGAUGCUUUGCCAAUAAUUACCUCCAUUGGGCGGCAGUGUGCACGUGGCUUUUGUUCAAUAUUCAAGGUUUCCUUGGUCAAGGUUUGGGCUUUACUGAACGCGAGAAUCUAGUUUGGUAUAUUCUCUUUGUGAUAUUUGUUCCGUAUGCAAUGUUACCGUUACCACUUAAAUGGUGUGUAGUUGGUGGUACAAUAUCGGCUAGUUGCCAUUUAGCCGUGAUAACUUUAAUCAAGUUUCAAAAGAAAAUUUUUACAACGUGUGUUCUAUAUCAAAUAAUCGCCAACUUUAUCCUUUAUACGGCCAUUAAUGUUGCCGGCAUGUACACCAAGUACUUGACAGAUCGAGGACAGCGACUGGCCUUCAUUGAAACGCACAAGGCAAUGGAACAUAAAAAGGAAUCAGAGCGGGAGCUGCAAAGGACACAAAAACUAUUGGACUCAAUCCUUCCUAUGGUUGUAAAUAAUGAAAUUCGCCAAGAAAUGUACAAAGGUACGGAUCCGAACGUGGAAACGCAGUUUAACAAAUUGUACGUGUAUCCAAUGGAUAAUGUAAGCAUCCUGUUCGCAGAUAUUAAGGGCUUUACGGAGCUAGCAAGCAAAACUUCGGCACAACAGCUGGUAAAAAUACUUAACGACUUGUUUGCACGUUUCGAUAGAAUUGCUGAGGAUAAUCACUGUCUGAGGAUAAAACUAUUGGGAGACUGUUAUUAUUGUGUUUCAAUGUUCGAGAGUGAUAAUUGGAAGACGAGACCAGAUCAUGCGGUUUGCAGUGUAGAAACUGGCCUGCACAUGAUAAAGGCCAUCAAGGACGUCAGACUGCAGACUCAUGUCGAUUUGGAUAUGCGAAUCGGCAUACAUAGUGGUUCUGUGAUGUGCGGUGUCCUGGGCAAUAAAAAAUGGCAUUUUGACGUAUGGUCCAAUGAUGUAAUUAUUGCCAAUCAUAUGGAAUCCGGUGGAAUACCUGGGCGAGUCCAUAUAUCGGAAGCUACAUUGAAAUGCUUGAACGAUACUUAUGAAGUGGAACCGGGAGAUGGUGGAAGCAGAGAUAGCCACUUGAAGCGUUUCAACGUCAUCACAUAUCUUAUAAAGAGGACUGAGCCAUUGAGGCCACGACGUCGAUUUGGCAACCGACGUUCUUAUAACGUUACAAAACCAACUCCUUCAGUUGAACAACCUCCAUCUGCAAACAAUAAUUCACUAGAGGGCAAUGUAAUCGACGCGAAUGGCGACACUCGCAUUGUAGUUGCAAAUGGCAAGACUCCAACUCCAGCCAAUGAUACACCAAAACCCAUCGACAAUGCCGCCAAUAAUACCAAUACCAAUACCAACAACACCACUCCAGUUAAACAAGUUGCAGCAACAACUGACAGAUUGGAUCCCAAGAGUGUUAUAACAGAGGAUGAACCAACCACAGAGUGGACACCGGAAAUCCCCUUCAAAAAUCUAAACGAGCCAGAAGAAGCACUUAAUCGUACCGAUUCCAUUUUGUGUGAUGUAAAACAGGAUAAUAGUGCGUCCUUAACUGCAGCUGAAGAGAUUGAUGAUUUUAUCGAUCAAAAUAUACAAAUCAACUCAAAUAAGGAAAUUCGUCGAGAAUACCUCAACGGAUGGACAUUAAAAUUCAAAGAACGAACUCAAGAAGCUAAAUUUUGUCAACUACGAGAGGAUAUGUUCAGGUCCAAUAUGCUGUGUGUUUUUGUGAUUUGGAUAUUCAUUGUUCUUUGUCAAACAAUUGUGAUACCAAAAUGCACAAAGUUAAUAAUUUGCUUGGCAGUUGGUACUAUUGUCCUGACAGCUGGUUGUAUCCUUGUAAUGGCUGAGGAAUUUUCAGGAUUUCCUAAAAUAUUGAAGCACAAUUCAGCGAAAUUAGUUCACCAGCGACAACGUCGAACAGUUUUCAUCUGCCUCGUUAUUGUCCUAAUGUCUGUUCUGAGUUCUGUUGGUCUUGUGCUCUGUCCAACGUCAACAUUUGUCGAUGGUGAAAAUAAGGAAAAAUCAAGCAGCAUCACCUCCGUCGGUGCCGCCGUAAGCAAUGACAGUGGCCUUAAGGUGGAUGUCCACAUCUCAGCGACAAUUUAUCACAACAUCACCAUAAAUAAUCUGCAACAGCCUGUCUUAAAUUAUGCCCUAGUUGACAGCAUAAACACAGAUAACUUAACUACAGACUCGACAAGUCGUAAGCUCCUUGCUGCUUCGAUGCCAACAAAUAACGUUGUGCAGCAGAGCAUAGUUGAUGCAGCAAUUAAUCUUACAAAAUCAAUUCCAUCACUGAAUCUCCUUGAAAACCACCAACUCGAAAGCUUCGAAUCCUCAAAACGUGCCCUCGUCCUUCAAACAACAGCCAUUCCAAUCCCGGCAGUUGCCUCCUCGAAUGUCAGUGACAAACCCUCAGUCGAACCAAUGGUGGUUCAAUUUCCUGAUUGUGCACAUCCUGAGUACAUUGUGUUCACUUGGAUUCUCUGUCUGAUCGCCUUGGCUACGGCUCUCAAGCUCUACUACCUGGUAAAGACUAUGAUGGCAGUUAUUAUGGUCGCCGGUUAUACUGUACUCAUAAUGGCGGUCUUUCCCAAUGUUUUUUCUACCAUAAACGAAGUAAUGGUGCAAUCGAAGGUAGGAAUGCCCCUUUCCGGCCAAAUGCUGAUACUUCUGGCCGUCUUCCUGGUGAUGGUGACAUAUCAUGCACGUUUGGUUGAGGUUACGUCUCGACUGGAUUUCAUUUGGAAGGAGCAGGCGGAAAAGGAACUUACUAACAUGAAAUCGAACCGGUUUCUCAAUGACACGUUAAUAAAGAAUAUCCUGCCGGAUCACGUGGCUGCUUAUUACUUGUCUGACGAACGAACCGACGAACUCUACUCGAAUAUGCACAGUUUGUGUGGCGUAAUGUUUGCGUCAAUUCCAAAUUUCCAGGAGUUUUAUUCUGAGGACAUUGAUAAUGGCAAGGCGUGCAUUCGUAUAUUGAAUGAAAUUAUAUGUGAUUUUGAUGCCCUCCUUGAGGAACCACAAUUUGCUUCAAUCGAGAAAAUCAAAACUGUUGGUGCAACUUACAUGGCAGCUUCUGGACUGAAUUCAAAACAUCUCAUUGAAAGAGGUAAAACUUCCGAGGAUAGUGUCUGUGAUCUUGUCGAAUUUGCUAUGGCAAUGAAACAAAAACUCGAAGAAAUCAACAAAGAGGCUUUUAAUAAUUUUCAAUUAAGAGUUGGAAUCUCAAGUGGUCCACUUGUAAGUGGAGUUAUUGGUGCUCGAAAGCCUGUUUAUGAUAUAUGGGGCAAUACAGUUAAUGUUGCAUCGCGUAUGGAUUCAACAGGGGUAGUUUGGAAGAUUCAAGUUCCUUCAACGACUGCAGAACUUAUUAAGACUAAAGGCUACACUUGUAUGCUUCGUGGAGAGAUCAAUGUCAAGGGCAAGGGAAUCAUGACAACAUAUUUUGUACACCCCAAGGGUGUUCCUUCUAGUCAAUUAUCAUCACCUGUUCGACUGCCUCCAGGUGUACCUCAAACUGCUCAGGCACCAUCCCUCCAAAGACAGACAUCCUAUCAUGGAACAUUUGGUGCUAUUGUGUAUGAGAUGUUACAAGCUUCCAAGAGGAAUACCAUUGCUGGAACACCCACGGGAACUCCAUCACCACAAAUACGAAGAGGGCGUAGAGGAAGUACAUUUAGCUCAGUGAGACUAUCUCAAAAGACACCAGCGAAUCCAGUUCGAAGGAAUACAACCAGAGUACGAGCAAGGAGCUAUCAUCAAAAAAAGAGUUCAUCAAAUAAUUCGAUUGCUAACCAAGGAAGCAGCACUUUUAUACCGACAUUCAGAAAAAUCGAACAGAUCGACUUUAGCGAUGUUCAAAACUCAGCUUUAUAGACGAUGAAUUAAACUGAAACCAACUUGAAAAAUUAACUUAUUGACUUGUAAAUAUGCACGUUUAACAUAAAGUACCUAAAAUGUAUUUAUUUAUAUUUAGUUUUUAAGAUUUUUAUUAAAGAAAAAUUAAAAUUUAAAAUAAAAUAUUUAUGUAAGUUGUCCAAACAAAAGAACAAGAACAAAUAAGAAACUAAAUUAGGUUUUAAGGAUAUAGCUGUCAGAAACAUACAAAAUAACUACAAAAAACAAAAUAUUUACAUAAUUUAUUUAAAUAUUUAUUUAUUUUUAUAUUAUUCAUGUAUAUCAUGUAAGGUAUGUUUGAAUUUAAUAAAAAAGAAAAAGAAAUAAAAUAUGUG